UUUAUUUGUUUUCCAUGCCAGACUCAGUUUAGAGGGUCCGUUCUGAUUUACCAAGAAAAACAAAACAAAAAACUGUAUCUUUCAAAUGUAAUUAUUAUAUACAAAAUUAAAGAAAGAGAGAAAAUAGAAGGAUUGACAAUAUUUUGGCAAAACCCACUUUGCACAUUGUUCCCAUCAUUUCCAUCCUCUUACCCUCAAUCUCUGCUUUGGCUUUUCUCCAAAAUCCUAUCACAAAAGAUAAUAUUAUUCACUUUCUUAGCCCACCCACCAAUUUCUUCCCUUUCCCCCUUUGUUUUUCAAUCCAAAUAAGCCAAAGUUUUGAGCUUCAAUCUGUUUGAUGUCAAGAAUUUCUCUCAAUCUGUGAGGACCCAUCUGGGUAGAUUUUUGUUUGGUGGAUUGUUUUUGAAAACUGUAUGUAUGGUCUACCAAUUUGCCAAUAAGAACCCCUUUUUGUUUCAGAUAAAAACCCAUUCCACCUUUUCUUUUGAUAGCCUAUAUUUCAAUCUAGGAAUUGCUGAUUGAUUAAAUGGGUAUCCUCAGAAAGUAGCACUUUUUUUCAUGAUUUGGGUCUGAAUCAUUGGAGGAUGGAGAUGUCUACCCAGCAAGAUAAUUCUGUUCCCAACAAAGUUUCAGGAUCAGGUUCUUGCCUGUAUGAUCUCUUAUGUUCAGACGCACCAGCUUGGAGAUGCCCUAGUGAUCAACGGUCAUUAUCUGGUCCACAAGAAAGGCUGGAGAUUUUGUUGCGCCAAUCUGCCAACAGGUCCUGUGCAGAUUGUGGAGCUCUAGAUCCAAAAUGGGUAUCUUUAAGCUUUGGAGUAUUUAUUUGUAUAAAGUGUUCUGGUGUACACAGAAGCCUUGGAGUGCAUAUUUCGAAGGUUGUAUCAGUGAAGCUAGAUGAAUGGUCAGACGAUGAAGUUGAUAUCUUGGCAAGUAUGGGAGGAAAUACUACUGUAAACAAGAAGUAUGAGGCUUGCUUGCCAGAAAAUUUCUGUAAACCAAAACCAGAUUCUUCUAUAGAGGAGCGCUUUUAUUUUAUAAGGAGAAAAUAUGAGCUGCUAGACUUCUUGAACCCCAAUGAACCGUUGUCAUGUCCUUUUCCACCUAAUAAGAGAUCACCUCCUAGCAAUUCAACUUUUAGUUCUACCCAAGAUAAGAAACAGUAUGAGAAACAACCAACGAAAAACCGUAUUGGGCAGGCAUUUCGUAACAGCUGGGGAAGAAAAGACUCUGAACAUAAGACCGCAAAGAAGGGCUACUCAAUGCCAAUGGCAGGUAUGAUCGAAUUUGUUGGAUUAAUCAAGGUGAAUGUGGUUAAAGGAACCAACCUAGUUGUACGGGAUAUGAUGACAAGUGACCCUUACGUCAUCCUUGCAUUGGGUCACCAAUCAGUGAAGACGCGUGUCAUAAAGAACAAUCUUAAUCCUGUAUGGAAUGAGAGCCUGAUGUUGUCAAUUCCUGAUCACAUACCUCCUCUGAAAGUGCUGGUGUAUGACAAAGAUACGUUCACUGAUGAUUAUAUGGGUGAGGCCGAGAUUGAUAUUCAACCUCUGGUGAGUGCUGCUAUAGCUUAUGAGAAAUCCACGAUCAAUGAGCCGAUGCAGCUUGGAAAGUGGGUAGCCAGCAAAGAAAACACACUCGUAAAAGAUGGUGUCAUCAACCUAGUAGACGGGAGAGUAAGACAGCAGAUCUCUCUCAGGCUGCAGAAUGUUGAGAGGGGUAUACUGGAGAUUGAGCUUGAAUGCGUGCCUCUUAAUCAAUAGCCGGCAUUAAGGAAAUGAAACUUACGUGACCUUUAUGAUGCCGAGGUUUGCAACUCACCAUGAUCGAUUGUGUGUGUGUUAUACCGUAGAAGUCAUUAUAUCGAUAGCUCUGUCAAGCGAGUCUCGGUUGUAUAUUACUGUAGUUUUUUUCUUUUUGAUCUGUAGGUAAAAAAUUUAGGAUUUUAACUUCGUGGUAUGCAGAUGGGAUUCGAUUUUAUUUUUCAUUUUGUCUGUAUGAAACUUAAAACAGUGUCCAGUUUGGGAAAUUUGGGAGUUCAACCAUCAACAUUUACAUUGCUCUGGUA